AUGCCUACAGAACCCUUCCUAGACAUUAUCCUCACCAAUCAUACAGACUCCAAGUCACUCUUUGCACACGUCACAGGUCGGGAUGAACAGGGUGUUGUGAUUCUUCUCGCGGAUGGAGAGACGGUCUAUCGGCCAAAGUCGCCGUCUGAGAUACUGCAGCCCGUCGGUGCAGACAUCGCCAUUCCCGUUGGAGGACCAGGAGCUCAAAAGAAAGUACGGAUACCACAUAUCUUUGGAGGGCGAAUUUGGUUCUGCAAAGACAAGCCAAUCACAUUUCUUAUCAACCCAGGGCCAGCUGUGGUUGAACCGUCUGUAACGAAUCCAACUGAUGCCAACUUUGAUGCUGAUUGGGGAUUCUGCGAGUUCACCUACAACAACGAUCAGCUGUAUGUUAACGUGUCAUAUGUUGACUUCGUAAGCAUUCCGAUCGGUCUGGAGCUUGAGAACGAGGCAGGCCAAGUCACGCGUGUUCCGGGCAUGCCCAAGGAUGGGCUUUAUCAGGUCUCCGAGGGUUUGAAGCGCCAGGGCGAGAAGGACGGCGCGGGCUGGGAGAAGCUCGUGGUCAAGUCCAAGUCUGGCUCCAACCUCCGAGUGUUAAGCCCGAACGCCGGUGCAGAGUUACAUCCAGGCUUGCUGGAGAAUUACUUUGCGCCAGAGAUUGACGCGGCGUGGAAGCGCUACGAGAAGGAGGACAUCGAAAUCAACACGCAGGCAGAAUGGGGCGAUGUUAGGGGCUGCGUCCGCGAUGGCAAACUAGUGUUCAAAGAUGUUGGAAAGGACAAACUUAGCUUCCACUUUGAGAAGCCAUCUACGAGAGACAUUGUGUCUUGCAGCACGGGACCGUUUGCGGGCGGCCCGGAUGUGACGCCAGCGCAGCUCAACGUCGGAGCGCGUAUUGCGGCGGCUCUGAACCGGACAACGUUAUCGGGCAAUUCCCGGCAGCCCGAGGGGGAGAGGGUCGAAGAGUAUUACUGUAAAGGAGAGGGAAAGACAAAUCACUACUCUAGAAUCUGCCAUGAGGUCACGCUUGAGGGGAAGGGGUAUGCGUUUCCGUAUGAUGAUGUUGGUGCAUCAGGGGGAGUCGAUCAGAGCGGAUUCUUGAACGAUGGGAGACCAAAGGUCUUGACUGUUCAUGUUGGAGGACAGUAA